CUAGACUACUAGUAGAAAGUUUGAGACGAUAGUUUGUAAACCGCCGAAUAAUUGCACACAGAGUCACGCAUUCUCUAUUGACGAUCGAGGAAAUAGGCGUGAAAGUGCGCCACAAAACAAUGGCGCCACACGAUGAUCAACCAGAGGUAGAAGAUGAAGCCAUGGUUUCCGAUACUCAUAAACGCCCUAUUUCAACCAUUGUCAUCUUCAUUGCUAUGCACACCGAAGCUCUACCUCUUGUUAAUAGGUUUCAGCUCAAAGAAGACCAUGAUUCUUUGUUUCCGGAAGGGGUUCCUUGGGUCCGCUAUCAUGGUAUUUACAAGGAUUUGCAUAUUAAUAUUGUGCAACCUGGGAAAGAUUCCGCGUUAGGCGUUGAUGGUGUUGGUACAGUCUCUGCAUCUCUUGUGAUCUAUGCCACUAUUCACGCAUUGAAGCCGGACCUUAUCAUCAAUGCAGGAACUGCUGGUGGUUUUAAGGUAAAAGGAGCAGCCAUUGGGGAUGUUUUUCUUGCAUCAGAGGUUGCGUUUCAUGACAGAAGAAUACCCAUACCUGUUUUCGAUUUAUAUGGGGUUGGUCUGCGGCAGGCCUUUUCAACACCGAACAUCGUGAAGGAGUUAAAUUUGAAGAUUGGAAGAUUGUCAACAGGUGAUUCGUUGGACAUGUCCCCACAUGACGAAGCAUCAAUCAUUGCAAAUGAUGCUACACUAAAGGAUAUGGAGGGUGCUGCUGUUGCAUAUGUGGCUGAGCUCUUGAAAGUACCAGCCAUGUUUUUAAAGGCAGUGACUGAUAUUGUUGAUGGUGACAAGCCUACUGCAGAGGAGUUCUUGCAAAAUCUGUCUGACGUCACCGCUGCUCUUGAUGAGACUGUCGCUAAAGCUAUUGAUUUCAUCAACGGAAAGUGCCUGUCAGAACUCUGAGGUUUUCCGUUGUCACCAUUCUUUGCAAUCCUUCAUAGAAACACAAAGAUUGUCAAGCUUUAUGUUUGUAUAAGCUCUCAUGAGAAUUGUCCAAUUGAGACAGCACCAACUUAGGUGCCUUUUUAUAUUGGCCUUGGAAGGUGUAUUUAUUGAUUACUUUUUACCACAAUUAACUAAAUCAAGUAUUAUUCUA